AUGACCACACCACAGACUUCUCCCGGUCCUUCACCUCCAGCUCCCUCUGAUCCCCUCUCUGAACUGGUCACCCUACUCCGGAACCAACCCGCACCUGCACUCCUUCCGUCUAACCCACCAUCGGCGUCUAGUCCCAUGGCCCUACCCAACCGAUAUACUGGCUCCGUGGAGGAGUGUAGCGGGUUCUGUCUCCAAUGUGAGCUCUACAUACAGUUGCACCCCGGUCAAUUCUCCACGGACAAAUCCAAGGUAGCCUUCAUCAUCUCCCUCCUGAGCGGUAAGGCCCUGAACUGGGCAUACGGGAUUUGGCAGGCCGGAGGACCACUUACCACUAAUCUGAAGUCUUUUCUUGAGCACUUUAAAGGGGUCUUUGGCCAAGCAAUGGAUUACCUUUCGGUGCANUAG